CAAGCGUCAGGGUGAUGAUGCAAUUCAGCCCAUGUCCUGUCUUGUUAUCCCUGUCUUGGAAUUAACUGACAGCUCGUAUAGACACUUGUCAAGGAUGCAGACUGGCCGUCGGGAAAGGCGGCCGUAGACUUCUACUUCAUUCAAGACGACGGAGGAAUGUUCAAGUGCACCCUUCAAUACGAACCAUACUUUUAUAUUGCUUGCAAGAGCGGCAUGGAGACGGUCAUUGAAGAGUGGUUGAUGAAGAAGUACGAGGCCUUCGUAUAUCGCAUCACUCGCGAGCGGAAAGAGGACUUGAGCCUGCCGAACCAUCUCAUGGGUCACCGCCGCCUGUACCUUCAGCUCCAUUUCCGGAACGUCUCCGACCUUCUCGCUGUAAGGCGAGACCUGAUGCCGCUCGCGCUGGCCAACAGCGCGAAACUCGAUGCCGUCGACGCUUACGCGGAGGUGGUGAACUCCACGGCGAACGCGACGACCUCGAUCGAGAUUGAGGGGGAGUGGGACGCCGACGCAGGCCCGUCUCGGGGUGGCCGUACAGGGCGUGACAAGGACCCGCGGGAGGGUAUUAUCGACAUUCGCGAGUUCGACGUGCCGUACUACUUGCGUGUGGCGAUGGACAACGAGAUGCGCGUUGGUCUGUGGUACGCGGUGACGUUCACGGCGGGGCAGCCGGCCUUCACGCAGCUUGUGGAGCGUGUCAAGCGUGCGGACCCCGUCGUCAUGGCGUUCGAUAUCGAGACGACGAAGGCGCCGCUCAAGUUCCCUGACCAACAAAUCGACCAGGUCAUGAUGAUCUCGUACAUGAUCGAUGGCCAGGGCUUUCUCAUCACGAAUCGCGAGAUCGUGAGCGAAGACAUCGAGGACUUCGAGUAUACGCCGAAGGAGGGGUAUGAAGGGCCGUUCACGAUAUUCAACGAGGCAGACGAGGCUGCAACCAUCCAGAGGUUCUUCUCGCAUGUGCAAGACGUGAAGCCGACGGUGAUGGCGACGUUCAACGGAGACUUCUUCGAUUUUCCGUUCCUUUAUGCGCGUGCGAAGGUGCAUGGCAUCGACAUGUUCCUUGAGACCGGCUUUGCAAAGGAUUCGGAGGAUGAGUUCAAGAGUCGUUGCUGCGUCCACAUGGAUUGCUUCCGCUGGGUGAAACGUGAUUCGUACUUGCCCCAGGGUAGUCAGGGCCUGAAAGCUGUCACGACGGCGAAGUUAGGGUACAACCCCAUUGAGCUCGACCCGGAAUUAAUGACUCCGUAUGCAAUGGAGCAGCCGCAAACACUCGCUCAGUACUCAGUCUCCGACGCCGUUGCGACGUAUUACCUCUACAUGAAAUACGUCCACCCCUUCAUCUUCUCCCUUUGCAACAUUAUUCCAUUGUGUCCGGACGAGGUACUGAGGAAGGGAAGUGGGACACUCUGCGAGACGUUGCUGAUGGUUGAGGCAUUCCGUGGCCAGAUCAUCAUGCCAAACAGACACGAAGAAGAGCACGGGAACAUGUACGACGGUCAUCUACUCGCUUCAGAGACCUACGUCGGAGGGCACGUAGAGGCCCUUGAAGCCGGUGUCUUCCGUAGUGAUAUUCCGACGGAAUUCAAAAUCGAGCCAACCGCAGCCCAGAAGCUCAUCGACGAGCUUGAUGCCGCCCUCAAGUUCUGUAUCGUCGACGAAUCAAAAGCGUCCCUCGAAGACGUGACCAACUACGACGAGGUCAAGGGCCAGAUCCAGGCCGCGCUGGAAGAGAUGCGUGACAAUCCCAUGCGCAUAGACAAGCCGCUGAUCUACCAUCUGGACGUCGCGGCCAUGUACCCGAAUAUCAUGUUGUCUAAUCGUCUACAACCUGACUCGGUUGUGGACGAGGCCGUAUGUGCUGUCUGCGACUUCAACCGGCCCGGGAAGUCGUGCGAUCGGCGGAUGACAUGGGCCUGGCGUGGCGAGUUCUUCCCUGCGCGCCGGGACGAGUUCAACAUGAUCAAACACGCGUUGAACCAGGAGACGUUCCCUCCGAAGAAGCCGGGGGGCCCUCAGCGGAAGUUCGUCGACCUCACUCCGGCGGAACAGACGGCUCUGCUGCACAAACGUCUUGGCGAUUAUUCGCGCAAGGUGUACAAGAAGAUCAAGGACACUAGGAUCGAGAACCGGGAGGCGAUUAUCUGCCAGCGCGAGAAUCCCUUCUACAUCGACACUGUGCGUCGCUUCCGUGAUCGGCGAUACGAGUACAAAGGCCUCCAUAAGACAUGGAAGAAGAACCAUGACACUGUCAUAGCGGAACAGCGCUCGAUCGCCGAGGUCGACGAGGCCAAGAAGAUGAUCGUUCUUUACGACUCUCUUCAGCUCGCCCACAAGUGUAUCCUCAAUUCGUUCUACGGAUACGUCAUGCGCAAGGGUGCUCGGUGGCACUCAAUGGAGAUGGCAGGUAUCACUUGCCUGACGGGCGCGACGAUCAUCCAGAUGGCCAGGCAACUCGUCGAGCAGAUUGGCCGUCCUCUCGAGUUGGACACUGACGGCAUCUGGUGCAUGCUUCCUGGUGUCUUCCCGGAGAACUUUCAGUUCCAACUGGCGAAUGGCAAAACGCUUGGCAUCUCUUACCCUUGUACAAUGCUCAACCACCUCGUCCAUGCACAGUUCACGAACCAUCAGUACCACGACCUCGAUCUCGAGACCGGCGAGUACAAGGUCCACAGCGAGAACUCCAUCUUCUUCGAGCUCGACGGUCCCUACAGAGCGAUGAUCCUGCCGUCUUCGAAGGAGGAGGACAAGUUGCUCAAGAAGCGUUACGCCGUCUUCAAUGACGACGGCUCUCUCGCGGAACUCAAGGGGUUCGAAAUGAAGCGUCGUGGCGAGUUGCAGCUCAUCAAGAUCUUCCAGUCGCAGAUCUUCGAGCGAUUUCUGCUCGGCGAGACUACCGAAGAGUGCUAUGCCGCUGUCGCCCAAAUCGCGGAUCGCUGGCUAGACGUUCUGUUCAGCAAGGCAGAGAACCUUCCCGACGAAGAGCUGGUCGAGCUCAUUGCCGAGAACAGGAGCAUGUCGAAAACGUUGGCGGAGUAUGCGGGUCAGAAAUCGACGUCCAUCAGUACUGCGAGGCGUCUCGCCGAGUUCUUGGGCGACCAGAUGGUGAAGGACAAGGGUUUGGCCUGCAAGUUCAUCAUCUCCGCACGUCCCCAAGGUGCACCGGUCACUGAUAGGGCUGUUCCAAUCGCGAUCUUCUCGGCAGAAGAUAGUGUGAAGCAGACCUAUCUCCGCAAGUGGUUGAAAGAUAACAGCCUCACUAACUUCGACAUCAGGUCAAUUCUGGACUGGAACUACUACAUCGAACGUCUGGGGUCUGUCAUCCAGAAGCUCAUUACCAUCCCCGCGGCUAUGCAAAAGGUCGUCAAUCCGGUCCCUCGUAUCAAGCACCCCGACUGGCUGCACCGACGAGUGGUCGCGAAGGAUGACAAGUUCCGGCAGCACAAAGUUACCGAAUUUUUCAAGGCGAAGGCGGACGACGGGAUACCGUCUAAUGACAUCGAGGACACAGGCACCCAGGUAUCUGACAACGGCAGAUUGCGUUUGGCUGUCGUCACUCGGAAGCCUCCACCACGGGAGGAUACCCCGGAGCCAACCGAGGAGGCGCUGGAUCUCCCUGAUCCGUCGGUGGACUACCGCGGCUUCAUCACAAGCUUGGGUGCUGUCUGGAGGCGUCGGGCAAGAGGGGAGGCCACCACGACCGUGCCAAAGAUGUUCAAGGGUGUCCAGCCUAAGACGCCAACGAACUCUCCGUGGGAUAUCGUUCAGAUCCGGCCAACGAGGAUUCCCGGCCGGUUCGCUAUGUGGCUAUCAUCUGGGAGCGAUCUGAUCUCCAUUCCCCUGCGCAUUCCGCGGGAGUUCUACAUCCACCUCCGCACUCCAGCGAAGGCGGGGCAGUUCAAUAGGGACAUGUAUACAAGUGAGAAGGUCAUCCGCGGAUUGCCCCGAGAUAGGCCAUGCAUCAACUUGUACAAGCUCUCUGUGCGCGAGGAGACAUACAUCGAUGGUCAGGAGCAUUUCAUCGACUUGACGAAUGAUCCGAACGUGGAUGGUGUGUUUGAGAUGCAGUUACCUCUCGACAUGCGAGCCUUGCUCCUGCUAGGCAAGACAUGCAAGUCGAACGUUCCUGGGAUGACUCUCAACAAGGCGGAAACGAUCGGCUUCGACCUGGGCGAGCUUGACCGGGUGAUCACAACCUCGACUAAGCACAAGUAUCUCAACGAGGGACGGGAUGGGAAGUACAUCUUCCUGUACCACAUCUGCUCCAAUAACGCGCCAAUACACGUCUUCGUCCUGUUUGUGCCUGGCAAACAAGUUCGAUUGCACAUCGUCGAUCCUGCCACCCGACGGCAGCCGAUCCCGCGGCUCACUGAGGCCUACAGCGAUGCAUACGCCAAACGGCAGCAAACGAACGGCGCCAGCGUGGCCUACUCCUACCCAGCUUCCUGUGACUUCAUAAGCGCCUACCAUAGGACAGACGUAGCGGCGCUAAAGGCAAUCUCUAUCGAGCUGGGUACAAUGGAGAAGGAUCCUUAUACAGUCGUCAUCUCCUCCAGCAAAGAGCAAACGUACUUCGACGCGUACGUCCCGAAACUGGCGAAGUUCCCUGUCUUGUCCAUGCCAAAGACGAAGACCACGCAUACGUUGGACGCGCUCCCAUGGCAGAAGAACGUCGCACAGAAGAUAGCCUUUCGUUACCUGUCCUUGGGCACCUGGUUGGACCGCACAAUCGCACUCGCUGACUACUACGACAUUCCCAUCGGGUACAUCGAUGGCGACCAGCCCCUACGCCUUGCCGACGUUGACUUCGCUCGCAGGCUGACGGAACACGACUUCGUUUUGUGGUGGUCGCCCGGGAAUCGUCCGGACCUCGGAGGAAGCGAAGAGGACGAUCGGCCCGAAGAGGAGCUGCCAAAGACAGAGUUCAUGUCCUCCGGCUGCUAUUCCAACGUCUGCCUGGAGAUUACCGUGCGUAACCUGGCCGUCAACUCUGUGCUGCACUCCAUGAUGGUCAAUGAGCUCGAGGGCGCGGGCGGGGCGACGGCGUUCGACUCCUCGCGCACGCUGGACGAGUACUCCAGCGCAGACACGCAGCGCGACCUGACCCUCGGCGACUCGAACGUCUCCCCGCAGAUGUUCUCGAUCCUCAAGAACAUGGUGAAGACGUGGUUGCUGGACAAGAUUCAGGGCCACUUUGGUAGCCCGUCGGCGAUCGCGAUCGACCACUUCUGGCGGUGGAUCAGCUCUAAGGCGUCGUGCAUGUAUGACCCGAGUCUGCAUCGCUUCAUUCACGGCCUCAUGCGCAAGACGUUCAUCCAGAUGCUCGCGGAGUUCAAGCGUCUGGGCUCGCAUGUUGUCUACGCGGACUUGAGCAGGAUCCUACUCGUCACAUCUAAACCACCCGGGACCGCACAUGCCUACGCUACGUACAUCACGACCGCUGUGACCUCGCACGAACUGUUCCAGCACGUCUACCUGCGCACGGAGCGCUUCUACGAUUUCUUGUUGUUCAUAGACCAAGCGAACCUCGGCGGCGUCGUAUGCGAGGACCCGCUCGCGAUCGAUCCGCCCGAGGAGAUCUGCAUCGAGAUGCUAUGGAACAUCGAGACCUUCUUGCCUCCAGCCAUCCAGCGCGACUUCCGGAACGUCGUGCGUUUCUUCCUGGUAGAGCUCUUUCGAACGUGCCAGAAGACGCGAGGAACGAGUAGGGGCCCACUGCGGAUUCUGCCCAACGGCGCGCCGGAUGCCACCCAGCGCGACGUGGUCAAAACGCAAGAAGUCGAAGCAAGCCGUGACUUCAUCUCCCGCAAGCUGACGCGCAAGCUCCUCAAGGCCGUGGGCAGCAUUCAAGACCGCUACCGGGAAGCAGUGAUGGACGAGGAGGCUCUGGCACAGUGGGAGUUCCCGGUAUUGCCUGGGUCGCACCUCAAUCUGACGAACCCAAUCCUUGAGUUUGUCAAAUUUACCUGUGCAGUUUUUGCGCUCGCGAAGGAGAACCAGAUCGAGAUUGACCUGCUGAAACGCAACCUCCUCGAGCUCGUCGGCGUCCGGGAAUUCGCGAGCGAGGCUACCUUCCACAACCCCUGCCAGCCCCUCAUCCUGUCGAACGUCCCUUGCCGACACUGUGACGCACUGCGGGACUUCGAUUUCUGCAGAGACCCGGCGCUUCUGCCGAAUAAUCUCGAGCUCAAGGCACGGUGGCUCUGUGGUAAUUGCGGCGGCGAGUACGAUCGCACGAUGGUUGAAUUCGCUAUGAUGGACACCAUAUGGGACCUCGAACGACGAUUCGCCCAGCAAGAUCUCCGAUGUACGAAGUGCAGACGCAUACGAUCUGACAACCUCUCGCGACAUUGCCCGUGCUCUGGCAGCUAUCAGCUCACUAUCAACAAGGCUGAUGUGCGUCAAAAGCUGCGGACCAUCGUCAAUGUAGCAAUAGCCCACAACCUAUAUCGUUUGAAGGACUGCUCGCAAACAAUUCUUACACAUUGGUAGCCGCACCUUGUUCAUCUCCGCUCUCGACGUCGUCGCUUUCGUGUUGCAUCAUGAUAUGUAUUCUACCUGUAUCAUUAUUCCCGAGUCGCCUCCAGAGUCUAAUCAUACCAGCACAGUCAAUGGAGCUCUUCGAUUGAAUGAAA